GACGAAUUGCUAAUGAGCUACUGGAGCUCUGCAGAAGAAACGCCCCUCUCAUCAUUCCGCAAAACCGAAACCGCGCUUUCUCCUCCUUCUACCACGGUGACAUAAACGUGUUGUGUCACCCUUAAAAAAACCAGUGCGAAACAGCGACGAUUUGAGUUUAUAAACGAGAACUCGAGGCGGAGAAAACUCCUCGAUCAUUUUGUGUAAUCGAGGUACUUGAGGAAUCAGCCCUACUUUCAUAAGUUUAAAUCAGUUAUUAAAGAAAGCUCUGCAUGUACUGCGUGUUAAAAUGGGCUGUAUUUGAUAAGAAACAUUUGACCAGUUAACCUUGACAGUAAUAAUAAUAACUUAAUUUAUAAAGCACCUUUAAAUAAAGAUGUUUACAAAGUGCUUAUGAGCGUAAUCGUAUUUUUCCACGAUCUGUCUAACUGAUGCAUUAUUAGCAGCUCUUGUGUUCAGUUCAUUAGACGUUCCCUGUCACAGUUUUGUUGAUUUGUUAUUCAGACCUGCGCACAUUUGAAGUAGAUCACUCUCCAAACACUUUUCUGAAUGUUUUGACACGUGUGCAAAGAUCUGACUCCAAGAAACUAAAGAAAAUACAGGUGUGUGCAGAAGUGGUCCUGAGAGUUUAUGAUCUGUUUGUGCGCAGUAAGAUGGCUUCCAGAGAAAAGCGCCCUCCUCUCUUUUAUCACCUCCAUCAUGUGCUGUUAUAUAAGUCGGUUAUCUUCCUGUCAGGUUGUAACAGUCAGACUUGUUUUUAUCUUCUGAAUGAGGCGACAGAAGUCCACCUCCACACACCUGAGCAGAAACAUCUUUAACUCUCCGACACGUUCUUGUUUUUCUGACCCCGCUGUCUCCCUCUUGCCUCUUCUUCUUCACCGUUUCUCCUCCUCUGGUGACAGAUUUACUUCCUCUCACCUCCACCGGGACUCACCAGGAGGAAGGGGCACAUUUCUGCGGCGUCCCCCCCGUCCCUGAUUCAUUUUCUGUCAGGUCAUAGGUGUGUAGGCGAUGUCAUCACUUCCCUCAAAGCGAACCCCCAGAGCGGCCUUGCGGUUCACGUGGGAGCUCCUGGAGCUGACGAGGAGGAGCCGUGACAGACCCUGAAUCAUGUCUGUCAGGCUCUCUGCUCUGAUUAGAUUUGACCCGCGGCCUCGUCCCACACAGGGGGCGCCUUACCCCUGACAUCUAACCUCUAACCUCAGGUCAACAAGAGGUCAUGUGGUCCUCCUCCUCUCCUCAUGGUGAAUAUUUGAAGACAGGAAGUGUGUUUUUUUAUGUAGAGGUGUAGGUCAGUGAGUUUGUCAGGUGGGCUGAUAUUACCCGAGGGUGUGUUUGCGGCCGUAACGCCGAUAUUUCAGCGCCGCUCUGGAGCUGCUCUGUCUGGUCCUAAUGUGUGUUUUUCAGGAGGAUGUUUGGAGGCGGGACUUUGUCAGCGAUCAGGAAUGCUUUUGAAGUCCGACAACACUUUGCUCUCCGCUGCGUUUGGAUCAUAACCUGCUUUCUUGAAGCAGCAGCGUUGAAAAGAGAAUAACCCCCUUCACAAAUACAGUGGGUAUCGAGUCAGACUCCUCCACACCGUUAAAACGAAGCCCCUCCCUCCUCAGCAGCCCCCCUGGUGUGUCAGAGUAACCGGAUUAGUCUCAGUCAGUUUGGCCUUUCCUCUGAUUUCUGAGAUGAUGGACGCACUCGCUGAAAACUGAGCUCACAAUGUUCCACAGUCGUGUUUGGGGUUGAUGUGCUCUGUUGUGUGUGGCCCCAUAAAAGGUGAAUCUCUGUCACCUGCAGGACUCUGAUUGGUCCGCACAAAGACCCGAUAUGCAUCAUUAUUUCUUAAAUACUAACACAAACUCAGCCGCAGCUUCGCAACAUCAGAGAUAUCGCAGCUGCACAAUGAUUGGAUCACACACUUCAACUUCACCGCUGUCUUAAUCCAAUCUAAAAGAAAAUAAAAGAAAUGGAGGUGAUAAAAGAUGCCAUAAAAGACAUAAAAGGACAGAGAUCACACUCCUCUUAUGCUGAACUAAAAGCCGAAGAAUAAAAAUUUGUUUUAAGAUGUGCAUACUCCUACAAAAGCUAAUUAUGAUGUUACCUCUCAUCAUGUCGCUAAACACAUUAGUGUCUGAGAGCUGAAUAGCUCCUGUGUUACCUGCUUCUGCUACGACACCGGCGCUGACUCCACCUACAACUCAAAGAACAUUGAAGAGGUCAGAGAUGUACUGUGGUGCUGAUCCGUUUAACGAUUAAAAAACAAACAAUAAAAUUUUGAAUGAUUUCUAAAAUGAACGGGAAGCCAAUGGAGGGACGCCUUGAACUGAUGUGGUCAUGUUUUUUUUUACCUGUUAAAAGACGAGCUAACUGUAAAUGUGUGAGGGAAGCCUGAUUAACACCAUCGUAAAGAGUGUCACAUCGUCCAACCGUGAAGAAAUAAAAGCAUGAAAAACUUGCUUAAAAUCACUAAGAUAAAACUGAUUUAGUCUUUGAUAAAAUCCUCAGGUGAUAAAGACAAAGUUGAUUUGUUGGUCCGAUUUUAAAAUCGUCAACUUUAACACCAAGAUUUAAAACUGUGGAUUUAAAAUGAGGUAAAAGAGCUUUACAUGCAUUUCAAAUCAGCUGCUUCAUUUAUGGUUUAAGUUUUAGCAUGUUUUAACUUCUGCAAAUCCUGCAAAGGUGAGAGCAGACGACAGGUGAUUUUAAGCAGCAUGGUUUCAAAGUCGGAGCAGAGACUCUUCUCGAUGAACGUUUGCACAAGGCUGAAUAAAAUGUUAUUCCAUAAAAUAGAUGAAUCUGAAAUUGCCGUUUACUACACCUUUUUUGGAAAUAUAUAACUAAUUUAUGAUUAAAUAUAAAACUAAUGUCUUGGAAAUAAUUAAUUGACUUUGAUAAAAGUGGUCCUGACUGAGCGACAGAAGUCCACCUCCACACACCUGAGCAGAAACAUCUUUAACUCUCCGACACGUUCUUGUUUUUCUGACCCCGCUGUCUCCCUCUUGCCUCUUCUUCUUCACCGUUUCUCCUCCUCUGGUGACAGAUUUACUUCCUCUCACCUCCACCGGGACUGAUAUCAACACAAACCAAAAGUUUCUCACAGCGGCUUUAAGAAGUGGAAAUUAUCUCCAGACAGCCAAGACAAACAGCCGGAGCUGCCUGCUUUGACUGGUAGCUCCGAUUCUGUGACAGAUUCAGUUAAAAGUGAUUGAACGGGGAUUUUUUCCCAUCACCUCCUCGCUGAUUUAUGUUUUUACACGUUUUAGAAGCUGCUGUGACGGGCACGCCGUUAUACUUUGGGAAUAUUUGAAGACAGGAAGUGUGUUUUUUUAUGUAGAGGUGUAGGUCAGUGAGUUUGUCAGGAUGUGAGUUUGUGCGGCAGGCAGCUGUGGGGAAAGUCAAAUCAGUUUGUGUCACGAGAAGACGAAACGCUCCUAAAGUAAAUAAAGUUUGUGUCUGUGGGCGUGUCAGCGAUCAGGAAUGCUUUUGAAGUCCGACAACACUUUGCUCUCCGCUGCGUUUGGAUCAUAACCUGCUUUCUUGAAGCAGCAGCUGAUAGAAACCCGCUGAUAGACGCUUUUUGUCUGAGACAAACAACCCAAACACGAACCGCCGUCCUCUCCUUUCACAGCUGGUCAUAAUACAGUCUCGCCGUUGAAUCACACGGUUGUUAUUUUAUAGGAAAAGAUAAAACUGUUUGUGAUAUUCGACUUAAUGUCUGUUUGUUUUUGAUUCGAUCAUAAAGAUCAGGAUCAGUCUGACUGUCUGGUCCUCUUUCUGCCCCCUCAUCUCUCUGCUAUCUCUCCUCUGAUCAUCAGGUUGGAAGCAGCAGAAGCAGAUCAGCGAUGUGGUGGAUUAUGGCGGUCUGAACAGUCCGGCAUGGCGAGGGGGCGUUUCCCGGGGCUUCAAGGGGUCCCCACUAUACUCAGGCUCCUCCUCUCCGUCACCUGCACAGGUAAAGGCGCCGCCCACAAUCCACCUCCUCUAACAAGAACUGCUUAAGUUCACCAAAGUGCUGCAAACACCGCAGAAGAAAAAAAAACAUCAAGAGGAAAUAAAUAAAAGCAGGUAAAAAAACAUUUAAAAUAAAAGAAAAUAAAAGAAAUGGAGGAUAUACCGUCGUGCAUUUAAAAGACAGAUUCAUGUGUGGUUGAAAAAUCAUCCUUGUGUAUCAAUAAUCAGAAUCCGAAUGACUUUAUUGAUCCCAAACUGUGAAAUCGUGGUGUUACAGCAGCUUUUUCCUAGUGAGCCAAAACAAUCCAGGAAUAAAGAAGACGCACAUCAAGAAAUUACCUUAAAUUAUAGAAAAUAUAGCAGUAUUUACAUAAUUAAUGGACAUUGUUUCGAGAACGGGAUCUUUAAAAGUUGUUUACAUUUCAUGAAAUUCUGCAAAACAUGGAGUCUGCUGCGUCAUGAUGCAGAAGCUGUUCACCUGCUUUUCUCGCUCCGGUUAACACGUCUGCAACCUCACAUGAAGAAAUCAGACUAACCCAAAUGUCACUAAUACUAAAAUAACACUUUUUUUUCACACUGAGGGCAGCUGACAUGUUUCGACAGUAGCUCAGAGGAGUUUUUGUGUUUUACGAAGUGGCAAAAUGCAAAAGCUUAAAGACAAAAAAGACAGAAAGAAGAUUGGAGUGGUCAUUCUCAGUGAAAUAAAUGGUUUUAAUUAACAUUUGUAAUUAUAAAAACUUAAAAAUGGAGGUUGAUUCUUACCCAAUUGACAGUAAAUCAUCAGGCUGUGAACAUCUGUGAACAUCUUCUUUCUUCCUUUUUAAGUCCUAAUUCUUUGCAUAUACUGGUGCAAGGUUAAGAACAUUAAAACAUUAACAACAAAUGUUUGAAAUAUAAAUACAGAUGUGAAGAAAACAAAGAGAGCGACCAAACUAAAACAAAUUAAAGGAGGAACGGUCGAAUCAGUCCAACAUGGAUGACUUUAAACAAAUGAAACUGAAUGAACUGAAUGUUCGACUUUAUGUUGCUGUGGGUAGAAUAUAAAUCCCUAAAUCUAAAGACUGUGAAAACCUGAUUAUUUGACUUUAAAUUGUUUUUAUUUACUAAAAGUGUGUCUUUGUCAUCGUCUCAGAAACUGACCUGACAUCAUUUUGUUUUUAGUUGAACAUAACUCAAACUCGUCUGUCUCUGUGAAGUCCAUUAAAGGCAAAGAUAACCGAGUGAUAUGACUUUGAAAUUAGUGAACUUGUGUCCGUGGAGAUGAUGAUGAUGAUGAUGAUGAUGAGGGUUAUGUAACUGUGUUUACAUCUGUGUGGGCAUUUCUCUCCUCCUCUCUCUGUCUUUCUUUUUCUUUUUCGGCUCUGGGUGGCAUGAAUGGCCCGACUGUUUACCCCAAAACACAGACUGUAGCCACACACAGAUCACAAGACUGAUGUCUGCUGGUGUAUGUGUGUGUGUGCAUGUGUGUGUGUGUGUGUGUGUGUGUGUGUGUGUGUGUGUGUGUGGGCUUGUUCUACCCACAGUUAAAACACAUGUUAACGACUGUAUUCCUCCUCUUUCUUUCUUCCUUUCUUUCAUUAUUCUCCUCUUCAAAGCUCGGCCUCUCCUUCGUAGCCGACGGCGUGGACCAUCACGGACACACCAACUCUUCAGACAUGGUCCCGUCCACGCCGGCCUUCCCUGUGUCUCCUCCGACGCCGUACGGUAAGCCCGAUAAGGUCAGAGCGGCCUCCUCUCUCGCUGUGGGUGUGUUUGCAUUUCUGAAUCUUAUCAGCGUCCUCUCCUCCUCCUCCUCCUCCUCCUUUUUCUCUCCCCAGUGAAACAUUUCUCAGACUUUUCCCAGCUCCGGACCAGCGGGCAGUGGGACCAGAACAACUGGACUCCAGGUACACUUCGCCAAGAGUGGGUGUGAGACACUAAAAUGUGUGUGUGUGUGUGUGUGUGUGGAGUUUGAGCCCAAACACUCAAAUCCUGAUGGCUGUCGGACAGGGUUGAAGAGCAGGUUGGAAUGUCCUCCUGGCAUAAUACACCUAAAACACACACACACACGUACACACACAGACACACACACAGAGGCACGUACACACCCGGUCUGAGCUGUGUUCCUAUUGGCUGCUCAUGAGGGCACGGCUCUGUUUCUGGUAACAGUUGGCUGGUUUCUGGAGUUUUCUGUUGACUAUCCAGAGCUCCGAGGUAAAAGGCGGUCAGGGUCAGCGCUGAUUAAACGCUUUUGGAAGUUCUGGACAGCUGAUGGCGGCCGCUCGACCGGCUAAUAAUAGUCGGCGAUAACAGAGGAAGAGAGGGCGGCUGACAGGAUGUCCACUCAUGUCCUGUUCUGGGAGGGGACAGGAGGAGAGGGAGGGACAUCCUGCCUGAGGAGAUACAGAGCACACAGCUGCAGGAGGAAUUCAGUGUAGAGGGGGAAACAGGAGGGCUGUGUCCCAUAAUCUGAUCUGAGAGUGGUAUCAUGUUCCUGUGGUGACCUGUCAAUCAAGAGAAGGCCACACCCUGACGCAGGCGUCUGUUAAACUCUCAGUGGGAUCAUAACGAGCAUUAUGAAUGAGAAGCAGGUGUUAAUGGAAGCUCGUCGAGUCGCCCCCUGCUGGUUUUAGCUUUUUUCAACCUUUCAAUCAUGACGUCUAGAGUUUACACGUCUAUGUCAGACUGAAGUCUUAGCAUGUGUCAGAUCUCCUUAUCGCUCUUCACUUAUUCAGAAACCUGAACACUCAGCCUGUCCUUAGAAACAAACCAUAAAUGUGAAACAAGCCCUCUGAUUGGUCUGCAUGUUGCACUAUGGUCACCACUCUUUAAGGUUGAGUUAGGGCUGCACGAAUCAUCGAUUUUAAAUCUUAAUCGGAUUAUUUGAUUUUGACGAUGUUAAAAAAUUUAAAUCUUCAAAUCGAUUUUCCUCUCUAUCAUGUCUCACCCCUCCAGGCCACCGUAGGCUCCCCCUUCCUUCCACCAGUGUAAACAAACAUGGCGUUUGCAAUUCAUUAAAUAAAAAAUUGAAAUCAAAAAUUAAGUUUUAAUUUCUGGCCAGAACCGUGCAGCCCUAGUUUGAGUUUAUCAUUCAUAACAUAAAGAUCCAAAAUAAGAUCCGGUCAGUCCUCUUCGGUCAGCCUCAGUCCUCUGAACGCUGAAUCCUCCUGUUACAUCACUGCGAUCUUUCUAUCAUUAAAAAAAGUCUGAUUUUGACUUUUUCUGUCGUUUGUAAAAACUCGUCUUGUAUUUUCAGGAUUAUUCAUCAUGGCGGUCACUUUUUAUCCACCUGUGUUUUAGCUGAAAUACUGCAGCCUCAGCAUGUUUCCACCAAACCAAAGCAGAGUGAUAUUUAUGAUGACAUUCAGGCCUGCGCUGCAGACAGAUCAGCUCAUUGUUUAAAGGGCAGCUCCGCCUGUUUAUUGUAAACAUGUUUGUCGGAGCACGGCUGCGGCGGUGGCAGCGGUGGCAGGAUGGAGAAGGAGCUGAUGAAAGAAAGAUCAUUACGUGUUUGUAGAAAAACACCUGAUUCUUUCUUUCUCUCUGCUGAAUGGACAGAAGAAUGAACAAAGGAACAGAAUAUCUGCAGCUCAGACCCAUUUAGGGGCAGACGAGAACUUCCUGUUUCCCACGUUAAAGGCAGAGGAUGUCUGGGAAACAAUUCGCCGCGUCGGGGCAGAGAAGUCCGUUUCCACUUUUAUAAUUAUUUUCUGUUUGGUGUUUAGAGUCACGGGUGUGAGCAGCGCAGUCUGACCCCAGGCUGCAGAGAUGUGGGGGGGGGGGUGAUUUCUCACAGCUCCAAAACAUCAACAGAGCUCAGAGUGAAAACUGAAGUUAUCACAGGGACAAACACACCAGGCGUCCUGGGAUGUUGUGACAAAAUCAGAGUAUUUUAGUUAUUUAUUAGUCAAAAUAGUCUAGUGUGGGUUAGCUGAAAAGUACAUCAAACUGGCCCCCAAAUAUUACCAAAAUUAUUUAACACAUUUAUUAGAUUUCAUAUUACAGGAUUCCUACGCAAGUAUGGAACGUAUGUAAACAAAAUUUGAUCAAUUUUUAGGUCUUAAAAAGUAUGGAAAAAUAUUUGUGUUUCCAGACUAUUACCACAGUAAAAAAAAAAAUACUGUUUUCUAAAGUAGAAACGUUGGUAUUUUGCCUCAAAAAAAUCUGAAAAUCAGGGUACGGAAAAGUAUGGAAAUUUCAACUGUGUAGGAACCCUGAUAUUAAUUACUGUGUAUGAUUGCUGUUGUGUUUCUGUGCAGAGAGCAAAUCUCCUUGAACACUGUAGACUGUAAAAUUGCUGGACUGUAAAAUGUUUCUCCAAAAAUAUGAAGAUUUCUUGCAAAUUUGGAGCUGUGCAGAAAAACCCUGGAGGUUUCCUGGUCCUUGAACAUUAAAUCUUAAACAAUGCAGAGUUAAAUAUUUUAAUUUAAGUUUAGUUUGUUUAUUUAUUUAUUUCAUUUAUUGAGAGUAAAAACAAAAACUGAAACUUAAAAAAAGACAAUACUGUGACUCCUGUAUGAAAGAAGCAAACUUAUAUUGUCCACCCCUUGUUACAAGAAAUUAAUUCACAAAUUAGAUAAAAUGCAUCUAAGCAAAAGAGAAAUGGAAUUAAUUGUUAAUUAUCAAUUAAUUAAGUCUUUAAAUUUAUAAGUCCAACUUAUAAAUGCAAGUCUAUCUCUACUUUUUGACUCUAACAACUUGUAAAAACUGAUAUCUAUCUUUUUAUGCUUUUAAAUACACUUUCUGUCCAUCUAAAUUAGUGCUGCAGUGAGUUAACAGGACUUUUACUCUCAGUAUGUGGUUGAAUAAAGUCAACUGGAUCAGUGCAAGUGAGACUAAAAUAUCAAAGUAUCAGAAAAUCUUCAAUUAAAUGGAAACAAGAGUUGAAAUUUGCAAAAAACACUUUAGAGGUGAUGAAAUGUCACAGUUUCGACCUUCUCCACAUGAACUUUUAACAUCUGAUGCAUCGUUUUGCAGUUUUAUAUUCACUUUUAUUAUGCUGAAAUAUCUCAGCUGCACAAAUCCUGAAUCAGUGCAUAAAGGAACACGUGUGUCACAUCAUGCACUGAAUAUAUUUUAGAUUCUGAGAGACAAACGUCAUUUUUUGAAGCUGUUUAUUUUCUCCCUUUGACUCAAAAUCUAAAUAAAUAAUAUGACAGAGGAGACACUGAUGACAUUAUUUACAACUUUACCAAGUCAGCAGAGGUUCAACUCUCUGUCUGUUUGUUCGUCUGUCUCUCUGCUCGUUCAUUUCCUCGUGACGUUUGAGCUCCGAACGUUACAUAAGAGCGUUUCCUUUGUGUACUUGUGGUUAAAUCCAAAUAAACAGUCAUAUAUAUACAGAAGCUCACCACCAGCGGAAGUCAGAGGAAUGUGGAUGUUGUUAUGAGUCAGGCAGAUGGUCCGCUGAGACAGACACUUGACUGUUUGAACCUCAGGGGUGAAAGGUCAGGAGAAAGUGGAGAGGGUGGCGAAGGCAGGAGAAACUCGUCCUCCUCGAGAUGAUUGAAAACACUUUAACUGUGAGCUUCAGUUUAGCGCUGAUGCUCUGAUAUUCACCGUCCACGCUCUGGGGUCUUUAAACUGAUAUAUGAGCGUCACAGACGGACAAAGAUGAUCUCUAUUCCAGCUCAUUUCCUGUGUCACGGGGGUUAAAAUAAAGGCAUGCAGCACAUGUCUGCGCUGAAACCAAAGUUAAGUCCACAACAUUCGAUCAGGAGCUUCACGGCGUAAUUUAUGAAGUGCUAAGAUUAGACACAUGGCAGCAGGAGACACGGUCAGUGUGUGUCUGCAUGCCUUUGUCUUCUCUGUGUUUGUGGCGAGCAGAUGGUGGGAGUGGACACACAUGCCCUGACAGAGAGGCCAUAGAAACCCACUAGAUCAACCCACCGUCCCACCGCCUCCCCUCUCUGCUCCAUAAAAGGCCACACAUGACCUCUGACCCCGCUGGAAUCCACUCUGAUUGGGGGAAAGUGCUCGCAGUGGCCCGGCAGGAGCAAUGCUCAGUGGUCAGCGAAGGAGGGAGAGGAGGGGGUAAAUUCUCUCCCUCUGGUCCCUCCCUCCAUACAAACCCAGAAGUCGACGGUGUCACAACAAGCCAAGAGCAAACGGGGAGCUGAUUUUUCCAUCUGGGGGACGAAAGGAAUUGGGCAUGGCGGAGAAACGAGCCAGCCCCUGAAGAAAGGAAAAGCUCAGCAGCGAGUGGAGCUCAGAGCGCUCUGAGACGUGAAAGAGAGAAGAAGAAGAGGAGGAGACUCAGAGUUUCAUUCAGGAGGGAGCAGAAGGAGAGUCUGGAGCCGGGGAGUGAGAGGAAGUUCAUCUUCUAGUUUGGUGUGAUCAGGAAACUUGCAAACGACAGGAAACUUCAGAGAGGGUCACACAUCAUGACUGCAUCUCUGGGUACGUACGCGUGUCCUUCCUCAUAAAUCUCUUUCUUUCUUUCUUUCUUUCUUGAAUUCCUUCUCCUCCUCUCACCAGGAGUUUUCUGUCCGUUAUCUCUCCCUCCGUCCCUCCUAGGAAUGCACACAUGCACAGAAACUCUUCUCCUUUCUUCUCCUGGUAUUUGCAAAUGGCUCCUGGAAUUUCAGAAGCGUUUCCAAACACUCCACCUUUCAAACUUCAUCUCCGUCUUUUCGUGCAUCAAAGAGAGACUUUUCACGGCUGACAGGAGCAUCUGCAGCUCCUCAGACGUCCACACUCUGCAGGGUGAUGAGAUGGUUUGUUCCACUUAUGAUCUCAUCCAGUUUAGAGGCAGUUUUGGCCUCCAUGGUGCAGUCACAGAGGGCUGAUGUAUUGGUGGUUAACCGAGGGAGGCAGUUUCCCCCUUUUUCUGCUCUACUGACCCGAGCUGAACCAAAGAAGUCUUUGAAGAUCCGUGUUUUUGUUGGGGUGCUCGUCGCCCCCACAGACGCUGCACACAAUUAAACAGCAUCCCACUGGGCCGCAGUUUGAGACAAAAGAAGUUCUGGAAGUACAGCUCAGAGUUUCCAUAGAGUUUAAAUGAUUACGAUCAGCAGUGAUCGAGUUCAGAGAGUAUAAAGUUCGGCUUUACUUCUCUGUUUGUUGGUUUGCAGAUUUCUAUGAGUCGUGAUUCGCUCUGAUUUACGGUCAGUUUUGGGUCAAGAUGACAACUUUGACUUCUGCUAAAACUACGACGUGUUUAUUUCACAAGAAGUUCAAGAAAGCGAAUAAAAAGUUACUGUAAAAUACAGAAACAAUGCUGCAAAUUAAAAUGCAGUAAUACUACUGUAAAGUUUUUUUUACAGUAACUUACUGUAGGAGAACUUUACCGUUGUAUUACUGUUUUUUUAAUUUUCAGCAUUGUUACUGUCAAAUACAGUAACAAUGCUGAAAAUUGAAAUAUAGUGAUACUACUGUUAAAAUUUUUAUGGUAACUUACUGGCAACAGGACGCUGUUACCAUAAAAAAUAUUUUACAGUAUUAUAACUAUUUUAUUUACAGCUUUGUUACUGUAAAGUACAGAAACAUAGCUGUAAAUUAAAGUACAGUAAAGUUUUUCUACAGUAAGUUACUGUAAAAUACAGUGAAUUAAAAUACAGUAAUACUGUUAAGUUUUUUUUUAACAGUAACUUACUGGUAUCCUGCUUCCAGUAAGUUGUAAAAAACUUUACAGUCAUAUAACUGUGUUUUGAUUUUAAGCAUUGUUACUGGCAACAGUAAGUUACCGUAAAUUUUUUUACAGUAGUAUAACUGUAUUUUUUUUACAGUAUUGUUACUGUAAAAUACAGAAACAAUGCUGUAAAUUAAAAUACUGUAAUACAACUCUAACAUUUUUCUGCAGUAAAUUACUGUAGAAUACAGUAAAUUAAAAUACAGUAGUACUGUAAAGUUUUUAACAUUAACUUACUGGUAUUCUUCUGUCAGUAAGUUACUGUAACUCAUACAAAGUUGUUUUCUGGAAUAAACUCAGAAUUCAGCGGGUAGAAGAAGAAUUUCCCAACAAUAAUCAGGUGAAGAAUCGAAGGAAAUAAACCUUUGACUCCUGCAGCUGAAGGAUAUGAGCCUCAGUCGUGUUUUUAUUUGCGUAGUUUGUGAUCACUCAUCUCUUUUAUUGGGAACUAUAAUCUUUAGAGAUCAUCUUUAUCUCAUGAGGUAACGUUUCUCCUCUGAUCUCUAAAGUAUGGCAUCGCUGAGGGCUUCAUAAAUGGUUUCAUUAUGACUCUUAUAAUAAUGAAACUAAAGCUGUUGCCUGAUAGAAAACAUCUGUGGAUGGUGUAAUGCUGCCGUCUGACACCUGCAGAGGUGGAGAGUGAUCUACUUUCUUUUUGAGUAUUUCUACCAAACUUUGGUUUUAUCAUUGAGGGAAAAGUCACUCGGAUCAGACAGUUUGUUCAGCCAUGGUCCUCCUAUCUUCAACCUUUACUUGUAAAAGCUCACUCUGUUUCCUGUGAACUUCCAACCUGAAAUCAUACAGAGGUGUGCAACUAAAUAUUCUCUAAAUAGUGUUCCUGUUGUUGUUGUUGUUGUUUGUAGCUGCAAAUCUGUCGGUCGUAAGCUUUGAAAAUAUGAAUAGUGUCGAAGUAGUACUCGUGAAUUAUGAAAAAGCAGUAUUUGAGAUUCUUCUAAUAAGUAUUUUUACUUAAACUCAAGUAUUGGAGUAACAUCUAACCAGGAGAAUCUGCACUCUGACUCACAUCAUGGAGUUGAGUACUUUGUCCCAUUUGGACGUCUCUCUCUUUGAGGUUUUCUGCGAGUACAGACCCCAGCUCAUGCUGACGAAGAAGCUCCUCUGGAUCCACAAUCCAGACACACUGAAUAAUGUUGGAAAGAGGGACGUCUAGACUGACCCGCUCUGCAUGCUGUCACUGAACCCCUUGCAGUAAGACGAGGAAAAUGAUUUGAUGUUUCUGUCCAUCUCUCCAGAAGUCGAUGCCAACGCUCCUCUAAGUUAGUUUUCGUCUUAUUCGAUCAAUUCAGAGUACAAGACGAUGAAACAUGCAACCUCCAACAGUUUUGGACCAUUUCUAAGAAGGUUGAAGACAUUGGAGAGUUAUUGAAGACUAAACGUCAGUAGUCGACAUGCUCGUAUUUGACAGAACCGAAUUAAGAGCAAAAAGGCAGAAAAUACGAACCACAGAGACGGAAAAUGUCGACAAAAAGACGAAAAGUCAGUUCGGGGUGAAGAGUGAGAUGGAAAGAAGAAGGAAACAAGGAUUUUAUUCCUCGGAGGAUUAAUCAGCAUGUGGUCUGUGGUGUCACGAGCUCAGCCCGAGUGAGACGUACCAGAACUUCAGUUUGUCGAGAAGAAGAGACGUAAUGACGUCUGGUCUGCAUUACAGUGUGCAAUAACAUGGCAAGAGCCCUGAAACCACAGGAGGUAAUAAAACUAUAAUGUGGGACAUAGACGGUUAAAGAGCUGAAGUAGAGCAGAAACAUGGAGUCAGGAAAGAAAACAGGCGGCGUGAGAGCGAGAGGAUGAAGGAAGAUGUAGAGUUAUAUCAUAUUGUAUUGUAUCCUACCGUACCGUACCGUAUCAUACUGUAUCGUAUCGAAUCGUAUUUAUGGUGGGAUUGAUCUUGUUUGAGGAGGAGGACUUAGUGUGUUAUUUUUUGCUUGAAACAUCCGGCUGCAGGUGACUUGUUUGUCCCGUUGACUUUAAGAUAGUUUGGUGUAGACGCUGUACUGCUGUUGCAUAAAUGUUGGCCAAAUGUGCAGAUUUAGUAACAAGUUAUUCAUGCUGGAAACAUCCCAACCAUAGACUGUAUAUAUUAUGGACGACUUGGCUCCGCCUUCCAUCAUUAUACGAAUUUGAAGCCGAAUCGCUCUCGGUAUUUCCGGGAUUUUCUUCACUUGCUCAGUAGUGUUAUACACACUCAGCAGGAGAGUCGCUGUGAUGAUGCUUGGCUCAAACAGCGUUUCCCCCGGGUGAGCUACGCAAUCUUCGUACACUCAUAGGCUGUAUCAAGUGUCAAUCAAAGAAAACAUGAACCCCCUAAUAACUUCUAAAAAUGGAGCUGCACCGAAAAAAGAGGACUUGAGCUCAAACCAGUCUGACAGUAACUACAUGUCAACAUCUCAACCAGGGGGAGAAACAUUUAUAUUCUGAGCGAUGAAUUUCGUAAGUUUGUCCACAGCUCCAUAGGGAUUGCUGGAGGAGGCGGGAUUUAUGAUCUAUACUGCAGCCUGUCACCAGAGGGUGCUGAGGAGACAGACGGCGUCCAUUCUUUAUACAGUCUAUGAUCCCAACCUGCUGAAACACCAGAUCCAUGUAGCUUAGUAACUCUGCAAACAGUAAAGCAGAACCGAAGACUCUCCUGGACCGUACAGGAUCACAUCUGACCUCAUUGUCUCUCAAAAAUGUGAGCGCAGGAUCGCCUGAAACUUUGGGAGUCGUGUCGUUUCCUGGUUUUGUGCUUUCAGAGUCUCUUCUCAUCAUUUGCCAUUCUGCAAAACUAAAAUUAAUGACAGUGAAGCUCCGUAUCCCGACUAUUGUUAGUCCAUUUUCAUUGAUACCUCAGUCACCUCAUGACCAGAACGACAGUGUCUUGAUUUGUUUGUUGAUGUUGGUGCCAUGGAGACUCUUCAGAAGAAAUAAAGUCUGGACAAAGACAUGCAGACUGGGGGACUGGGUCAACAGUAGCUGCAGAGAUGUGCAACUUUCUCUCUUCAUCCAAAUUUCCCUGUUAUUAACGAGAACCGCAGACUUUGGCGAUCGCUCCCGAGGGUCAUAAAACAGUCAGGAAAACAAAGCCCAAGUCUGUGGUCAAAUAUAGACUGCAUGAAACCGAGUCUUGGUGUUUGCAGAGAUCUUUCCAUUACUACAAGUUUGCAGCCAUUUCUUGCAGCUCUGUGUUCUGUUAAAACCACCGACAUGUUGUUGUGCACCCGUCAGGAAAACUACUUAUGAUCCGUAAACGUUUCUCCAGAUGGGCCAAGUCUGAGGAAUUCAACUCCAGCUUCAAAACAUGAUCCAAUAUCUGCUCCUUUUUGGACCGAACAUGAAAAUGAAAUUCACUUUGAUUGGAGGAAAACCUCAGGAUGAAGAGUGGACAGAGCUGACAGGAGUUUAUGAAGUCUUUACUCAUUACUAGAGGACUUGAGGCGCCUAUAAACACCUCCACCACCAAGACUCUGCCGGGUUGUUUGCAGCAUUGUUGUUCCUCACUCCCUCCUCAGCCGGCUCGUAUAUUAACCUCUCCUCCUCCUCCUCCUCCUCCUCCUACUUCACGGAGUCGAUAAAGCUGUCUGUCCAAACACCCUGAAAGAACAGAGGGAUCAAAUUUACAGACGGCCGCCUACCAGUCUGUCCUCCUCUACAGAGAGAGACACUCAGAGCUUCUGAAGGAGAAACGGAGGAGGAGGAGGAGGAGGAGGAGGAGGACACAGCAGGGUCUGAGGGUGAUGGAUUUUUACUGAGGAAGGAGGGUGAUCACAUUCUGACGCUUCACUGAGUGACACCGAGGAGAAAGCAGCAUGUCCUCUGGCACAGAUCGGCUAAUAAUCCUGAGGAACAGAGAAGAAAGUUCCCAGACUCUGCAGCUGGACUCAGUCUGCAGAGUCUGAAGGCUGUUCUCGGACAUCUGCAGACCUGGUCCUGUCUCCAGUUGAGGGCCUGUCUUCAUCUGGCGUAGGCUGAUGGCAGAAAUCCACAAUCUGUUCGCCAGCUUGCAUGAAAACCAAAAUCAAACAUCUGAGAGCGUCUGUUGUUGAGCAGCUACACGUGUAACUCACUUUAGUUUGCACUGAUUGUUAAUUUCAUUAAAGAUUUAAUUUAUUUAUUUAAAGGUAAAAUGGACGUUUUCAUAGAGACUUCCAUGAACUCUUGAAGACACAGGAAUAGAAUCAGAGGGCCAACGCCUCAAGAAAAAAGAACAAAGCACAUGAUAAUAGUUUCAUAAGUCUUGUGCUAUAUUAGUGAUGUCAGCUGAUUAUGAUUUUAUGGAGAGCUGCAUCAAAUUAAAGUCCAAAAAUAAGCUCUUGACGAGUUUCAGAUGUUGUCCAGGAAGUUAGAUCAGGUAGAUUUAAGUGAUUUAAAUAUAAAUCUGAUUGUAGUUUGUAUGUUUGGUUCUGAAUUGACACCAUUAUGCUCCUUGUUUCCAAACUUUGUGAUAAAAAGUUAUCAAGACGAGUAAGUAGGGCUGGGCGAUAAACUGAAAAUUUACAGAUACCGGAAUUUACGACAAUAACUGACGUCAUUUUGCACAUAUCUGUAUAUUCUGUGUCAAAAUAAACAAAUAAAUCAAAGUUUGUUUUGGAUGUGUGUAGGUAGGCUAUGGUCUCAUGUCUCUUUUAAGACGCUGUCCUUCGUCAGAGACGUGACUCCACCCCAUCCAGUCUGUAACAAAGAGGGAAAGACAGGAGAGGAGAUGGAGGACGGAGAGAAAGUUGUAGCGGCUGAAGUAGACGGAGUUAAUGUGGGAGGGGCUGAGCAGCUUGUGGAGUAGUUAUCGUCUAUUUAUUGUUAUCAAGGUGAACUGAUCAAUAUAUCAUGAUAUUGAUUUGAGGCCAUAUCGCCCAGCCCUACAAGUAAGUUUGAUUUAUGAUUCAGGUCCAGGUCCUGCAGCCAGAGUCCUUUUACAGGGUUGGCCAAGUAAGGGACUGACUUUUGCAGAGGUGGCGACAAGUAUGUAGGACAAAUACUGAACAGCAUAUAUAAUAUUUACUUCCUCUCUCAUUAUUUAAUAUGCUUUUUGUGCUUGUUUCAUUUGAAAGUAGCCCAACAUCUUUGACCCUGAAUCACUAAAUCAUAAAAAGAGGACGCUUUAUUCCCUCAUAUCUGUUUUUUUCCUCCUCUCUGAUGAUCAUAACUCCGUUUUUUUCGUGGCCUCAUGAUCUCAGCAGGUGUUUUCCUCCUCCUCUUCCUCCUCUCUGUGUUUUUCCUCCUUUUCCCUUCGUCCCCCUGAGACACUGCAGCCUGUGAGCGCUGUGAACAGCUGUAACAUGCCAGAGACCCUCAGACCUGUCACUGUGCGAGUGUGUGUGUGUGUGUGUGUGUGUGUGUGUGUGUGUGUGUGUGUGUGUGUGUGUGUGUGUGUGUGUGUGUGUGUGUGUGUGUGUGUGCAAACAAAGGCCUCGCACUCACAUUCCUGUGGUCAGUAGGGAGCCUGCAAACCCACUGCUGUGCUGCAUAACUCCCUGUGCAUUAUUGUUUUUCUGUGUGUGUGCGUGCGUGCGUGCGCAGCCUCUCACUUCUGCUCAGUGAGUAAAUGUUUGAAAGCGUGAGCGGCAGAAAUAAAGAUGCGUCUUUGUCACUAAACAGUAGCUCUGUAUGUUUAACACGCCGCACUCUUCUUCUUCUUCUUCUACUGUUUUUCUCCUCGCUGCGCUCCUGCGUCAGACGGCGUUUUUCUGGAGGAGAAAUCUCAGCUCCGAUUACGUCACUGUGGUUUUUCUGAUUAAUUAGAUUAUCGACACAAAAGCAUGAAGGUAUGCAGACAUUCUCACUCCACGCCAUAAAACUGCCACUCUCUGCAACCAACCAGUGUGUGUCUGUGUGUGUGUGUGCGUGUCUUUGUGUGUGUGUUUUUAUGGAGGCUAUUGGCUGGUGGAGGUUGGCAGCAGUGGUGCCCACAUGGGUCUGUGCCAUCUGGAUUUGGUUUUGCAUGGUUUUGACCCAAACUGAAGAGGCUUUGUGCACGCUCCGGGGUCUGCACAAGUCUGCUGGAAACAAAAAAAAACACAAACAGGAAAUGAUCUGAAAUUUUGAGGAGGAAAUAUGAGCGGCGAAGUUUCCUAGAAGAGUGAAGAGAGAGCAUCGAACUAUAAAAUACUCAAAGUUCACAUGAAUGUAGAUUUAGUUUGGUGGCUGUUUUCAGGACUCGACAGGUUUCAGUUUUUGGUUCUCUACUUCUCGCACUGUCAGGUUUUAUUAAGAGGGCUUUUAUUUUGAAAUCUGGGACAGACUCCAGAUUAUUUUCAUGCAGGAUCGGGGAGACUUUCACAGCGAUGAAAGGAAUUCGCUCCUGUCACACCGGGCGCAGACUCUUCUCUCUCUCUCUGCAGGUUUCUUCAUUAAACGCACGUCCAGCUGACACUCGGUCUCCAUGGAUACGGAGGCCGAAAGUGUGCGAGGUUGUAAUCAGGCCGUGUGGAGGCCGAGUCUGGCCUGAGUUCAGAGGUCAGGGCGGGGUCAGCUGCUGUUGCCACAGGUCGGGUUGUUCUGUAAUUAGCUGGAUGAUCAGAGCGGCAGCAGAUGUGACGAACCGCAGCGAGGAGGAGAGAGCCAGCCGUGGGAAAAGACGGAGACGAGGCUCAGCUGCUCUCUGGGAAUCGUCCCGAGAGGGAGAAUGUGACAGGGACUGUGGGAAUGUUUGAGGAGUCUGCUCAUCCUCCUCAGAUUGUGUUUGUGGAUGUCAACAACGGCGUACACAACAGAGAUUUUCCAUUUUUGAGCUUCAUGAGUCCUUCAUGAACACACUCUGUACUCUUGACCUCUGACCCCUGAGAGUUCAAGUUGGGUGUCAGGAGCCUGUGUGAGAACUGUCAGAAACGCAGUGAAGGCUCAGAUGGCACCAAACCAUCACAUCAUUAAUCAUGGAUUCACUUGUUGAAGUCGUUUAGUGAUAAAUGCUACGAUAUGACACACUUUAAUAACACAACACAGGCAGGGCUGAUCAACAUGUUAGUAUAGAAAUAGAGGAAUAUAGAUGUCAAAGUAUCAUGGCAUGCAUGCAGGGCGGCGAUGUGAGGAAGUGUCUGUCUGCGGUGUCUCUGAAAAUGUUGUUAGGACAUGUAGAGAGUUUAACUAUAGAGGCUGAUGCUCUCAGGACUGUUGUUUCUGUCUGCGGCGCCGACUGACCGAGUCGAUUCAGAGCAAAUUUAAAAAGAAAAAGAAGAAUUUCAAAGUUUAUGUUUUGGACACGACGGCUGAAGAGAGACAGGAAAUGUGGGGUGCAGAUAGAAAGAGAAGACAUGCAGCAAAAGUUCAUCUCUUGGACUAUAACCUUUAUGUACUGGUCCCACUUGGACCGCUACACCCCUGGAUUUAAAGCACUUUUUAAUCACAAUCAUCAAACUUUGUAUUCAUAAAUUAUUGAUCAGUGCGGUGAUUUGGGAUUAUAAUCUGUGCGUUUUCUUCCUCAUCCAUCAGAUUUUUGUCUUUAAAUUAGAACAGAUUUGUUCUGAUCUGUCUCUCCAGUCCAAAGGGUAAAAGCAUCCUGCAGGACAUUUAACAGUUUUACUGUUUUCUUACUUUUAACUAAGUUUCUAAGAAAGAAAGAAGAAAUUCUUGGUCGACUAAAACCCUAAAAUUUUCCCUGACCUUGUCCAGGAGACGUAGUUGGAAGAAACUAGUCCUGACAACUUUGUAAAUUUGUUUGUCAAAUUUAACCGGAGACUUAAUUGACGCAGAAAAAAAACGAGUUAACCAAUCAGAAAUUUGGUUGACUCAGCACGUAUUGACUGAACUGUUGACCUUUUUUUAUUUUAUCUUUAAAUUCAAACAUCUUUAAAAAUGAAAAUGAUAAAAUAAAUCAUUAAAGUCAUUAGAGCACACUUCCUAAAAAGGCCUUUGCAUAAAAAGGUCUACAGGAAGUGAAAAAUCGUCUGCAUCAAACUCGACUUUCAUUGUUUCUAAUGAGAUCCUAAUGAGACUGAGCAGCUGCAGGAUCAGACUGACGGACACUCGAUCCAGAGUUUGUGGGAAAAACAUCCAGGCCUGGGAAAACGACGAGAAACCCGAAACUGUGGAGGAAGUUUUUCAUUAUUCAAUAAAAGCAGAAACAAAAAGGUCACAAUGAGAACACACACUCCAUUAAAACGCAUGAAAAAGAGCAGAAACAGAGCAAAUAACUCAGGAAAUGAACAUGAGGAGGGCGAAAUUCCUCGACAAAUGAGCGAGUGAUGAGCCUGGGAAGAGAUGAUGAGGAGAUUUUAGGAUACAGGUACAGAUUUUAAACAUUAAAAAACACAAAUAAAGACAGUUACUGCACAUGCAACAUGAAUACUGGACAAACUGUAUAGUUGCUGAGGGAAAAUCUGAUCAUAAUAUUUAUUGCACAAGAUAAAAUUCACAUUUUUAUGAUGUUUUUACUCACUAGAAGUAAAAUAAUACUCCAUUUAGGUGUUUUAUAGCAGUGUCUGAUACUGUUUCAACAUAACUGGUGAGCUAAUUUCUUUACUCAUGUCCUCUUUUAUGCUAAAUCUUUAAUCACAAGUUGUUUUUGUCCAUAUUUGUAUUUAAUUUUAUUAAAUCGUAGGGAUAAGUUUGAUAAAAAAAAAGUGUCUAUUUAUGUCCUGAAAAGUUGUUGAUCAGAAGUAUAAAUUGGAAAUACUUUAUAAACUUUAUAUCAUUAAAAACAUUUAAAACGUCUUAUUCUAGGUUACGUGUGUUUGCGUGAUGUAAACCCCCAUCACACACAGAUUAUAUAAUCCCCCUCAGAUGAUGCUGCUGGUCCAGUUCGCUCAUCAACAACAGAGCUGCUGGUCGAGUCCAAAUUCCUCUGUCUCUGAAUGAAGGAGAAGGGGGGGUAUGAGGGUGAGGAAGGGGAGGGGAGGGGUGAGGGCAGGGGUGAGGGCAGCUGGCUGAACAAGGAGCUCUUUAUAAUGAUUGACUCUUUACACGGUGAGUCAUCGUACUUCACAGGCCCGUCCGCGCGUUUGCUGAAUGACACACUGUGCUGUCAGGAUGUCAGGAUGUCAGGACGCCGCAUCGAGAGACCCCCCACCCAAAAAAAGAAAAAAAUCACAACACUAAAACACCAAAAUGUGUUUAUCGAAGGUUUAUUCCCUUAAAGACUCUCAGUAGGAGUCCUAACUUUAAAACUCUGCAAAUGUAAAGUUAAUAUAAGUUAAUGUAUAAUUGAACGGCUCCAUAAAACCAAACAAAGGUUCAGGUGAACGUUUCAAACACCUGUCACACCGACUCAUGACUCAUUCUGGGAUUUUCGAGGAUUGACUCUGUUUGUCUUCCUCAGAUUCUCGGAGUUUCCUGGACGGCAUGAACCACAGCGGCGGCGGCGGCCCCGCGGCGGAGGGGGAGCUGUUCAGGUCAGACGUGUCGGUCACUCCUGCUUCCUGUCAGAGGAUCUUUGGCUCCAUGUGCUCCGUGUCUUCAGACGGGCCCCUCACACACACGGACAGGUACGCACACCUGCUGUACGGAGAGUUGAUUGAGGAUUGUGUUAAUAAAAUGUACAACAAUCACUUUAAAGCGUCGGUAAAAGUCAGAAUCAGACUCUCGAACGUUCCUCCUCCUGGUUCAGAGUGAAUCCAUCAGCCUGAGAGCCUCCUUGACUUCGAGGUCUUGGACUCUCGCCAUGUUUGAAGCUUUUAUUUUGUCCAAACAGAAGCUCUGAGACGCUCUCAGACCUCUUUUCUUUGACUACGACUCCCUCCAUCAUACAGACACUUCUUCUCCUCCCCCUUUCUCUCCCUCAGCUCCACUCCUCCCCCCGUGUGGCAUGACCGGACUCCAAACUCGCUAAACUCGCCGUACUCCUCGCAGCCCUCCCCUCCCCUCUCCCUCAGCACCCCCAACGCCCACAGCUCUCCCCGCGGCGCUCUGAGAGGCCAGCGAGGAGGUCCGGGGGUCCUGACGGAGACUGACAGCGCAGACUUAUCCGCCUUGUUGUUCGGGAACGGCGGCCUGGAGCACAGCCUGCUGGAGGCCGUCGAGGGUCUGGGGAGUCUGAACAUCGGGGUCGAGGAGGGCGUCCUUCCUCCGCUGCUGCCUGAGAAGAGGAGAGGGGGUGAGGCGGGGGAGCUGGGCUCACGCUCCCCCUCGGUGAGCGGGUUCUCCAGCCCUCACAGCGGCAGCAGCCUCAGCAUCCCGUUCUCGUCACCCAUGACCCCUGACCCCCUCAGAGGACUCAGUGGGGCCCCGUCUCCUGUAGCAGGUACACCUCAGACCUGAAACCAGAAUCAUCUCAGUGAGAGUUGAAUGUUUUUAAAAGGUCAAACUGGAUUUAUUUGAGUGUAAUGACCCUUUAACUCUCUGUUCUCAUUUGUGCAUUGUCACUCUUUGACUGAAAACCUCACACAGAGUCCUAAUCUGUCUCUCACAGACUUCGGCAGUAAGCAGGACACUGUGAAGUUUGUUCAGGACACCUCCAAGUUCUGGUACAAGCCCGACAUCUCCAGAGACCAGGGUAAAUAUUGGUGUUGGACCGCAGAGACGAGCACUCGCUCUCGGAGCAGAUAAUCGGAGCUUGUGCAAAGAUUUGCUCCUCGUACAGCACCGACAUGAGGGAUCUAACUUUAUCCUCUCUGUGUGUUUGCUCUCCUCUCUCUCUCCUCUCUCUCCUCUCCUCUCUCUCUCUUCUCUCAGCCAUCGCCGUGUUGAAGGACAAAGAGCCGGGCUCCUUCAUCGUCAGGGACAGUCACUCCUUCAGAGGGGCGUACGGUCUGGCUAUGAAGGUGGCCACGCCGCCUCCGUCUGUGAUCCAGCAGAGUAAGAAAGGUCGGGUGUGUUUUCUUAAUUUAGGAGGAGAGAAUGUCGUCCACUGCAGCUGUGAAAUAUUCACUAAGAUGUUUUUUUUUUGUGUUCAGGAGGAGAUCUGUCCAACGAGCUGGUCAGACACUUCCUGAUCGAGUGUACGCAGAAAGGCGUCCGUCUGAAGGGUUGUCCGAACGAGCCGUACUUUGGUGAGAAUAGAGAUCACACUGCUGACUCUCUGCUGACCUCUACUGGUCAAUAAUCUGAGGUGCAGCUGGAUCCGCCUGAGUGUUUGGGUCGAGUUUUAGGAGGAUCAUGACGGAUGUUUUGUUUGAUUUUGCGAACAGGAAGCCUCACAGCUCUGGUGUGUCAGCACUCCAUCACCCCUCUGGCUCUGCCCUGUAAACUCAUCCUGCCCGACAAAGGUAAACCCACACGAAUGACGUUUUUGAACACUUAAAACUGUCAUCACACUGAUGUUUUUGCAUUUUUUCAAACAGUUAAUCCUGGAAAUCUGAAAUAAGAUUUAAGAUUCCUUAAUUGUCAUUUUUCUGCUCCAUGAAAACCCUUUUUUUCAACUUUUAAUAAUUUAGAACAAAAACUAUAAAGUAAUCAAUAAUAUUAACUCUGCAUUGAUAAUAUCUCUGCUUAGUGUGGAUGUAUGUAAGCUCUUUAUUUUUAACUCUCAGCCUUGUAAUUAAACUCCGAAUUCACUCCCCAAACCCAUCCGAGACUACAGACCCUCAUACUUUUGGCAUCUUUGAGCACCUGUGAAAGCAUGUUAUAAAUAAAAUUCAUUAUUAUUAUUAUUAUUAUUAUUAUCUUGUGACUGAAAUCCAGCAUGAACCCGGUUUGUUGUGUAGAUUCUUCAUUUGUGUGUUUCUCGUUCUGCAGACCCUGUAGAGGAUCUCAGCGACUCGUCCGCACAGACGUCCACAAACUCUGCAGCAGAGCUCCUCAAACAGGGAGCAGGUACACAACAGAAAAAACACGCAUGCUGCACAAAUUUACAGCAGGUUAUUCAGUUUCUUCAUCAUGUGUGUCUUUUUGUGUGUUGUUGUUGUGCAGCGUGUAACGUCUGGUACCUGGGCUCUGUGGCUCUGGAGUCUCUGACCGGACUCCAGGCGGUCCAGAAGGCGACCACGCAGACCCUGUCCAUGGAUCCACCGCCCGCCUCCACCGUGGUCCACUUCAAAGUGUCGGCACAGGGGAUCACUCUCACCGACAACCAGAGGAAGUGAGUCCUCAAACAGAAAAACGCUCACAUGCAGACACCUCAGUCCUGAGUUUAGGUUUAGUUUAAGUUUAGUUUAAGUUUUAUUUUUAUGCAGAAUGAUUAAUCUUUUCUGUAUUUGUCCCUUUAGGCUCUUCUUCAGGCGACAUUACGCCGUCAACACCGUCAUCUUCUGCUCUCUGGACCCACAGGGCAGGAAGUGAGUAUCACGUCUACAAGCAGAAAAGGCUUUAAUUAAGUGUCUUAUUCAUCUCGUUAAAAGCUUUAUUUUGAAAAGCCUCAUGUUAAAAAAUCGUCAGUUUGUGAAUUGUGAUUAUUUAGUCUAAGAGUCUACACCCUAAAUAACUGUUCCUGCGGUUUAAAAAAGUCACUUUUUGUUUAUUUUGAUGAAAAACUUAAUAGACACUUGAGAUCCAUCACCUUGUUGUUCAAAUUCUUGAUAAUUAUGUUUUUGGUGAUUUAUGCUCCACUUUCAACAUUUUUCAGCUCAAUUUGAAGAUUAGGUUUUUGCGUAGUAGGGUAAUCGUCAUGUUUUGGUGCUGCAGCAUGAAACACAAAAUAAAACCAGAAAAAUUAAACGUCCUGUGAGGAACUUUUAAGACUCCUGCAGAGACCGCAUCAUGCUACAGCUGCUGAAGCUCCUCCAAACUGGAGACAGACAGAGCAGCUCUGUGUCACUAACCUCAGUAGUCCUGCUGCUCCACGUCUGUCUGACACUCCGACUCGCUUCUUCCUGUUUAAAAACAUUUACAGAGUAAGUUUCCUCAAACUGCUCACAAAAGAGUUAGUUUCUGGACCCUGAUAAGUGUCGUUACAACAAUACGUGCUAAAACACGACCGCUUUUGUUCACAGUGGUCGCCAAAGUCAACAGGAAAUGAAAACUCUGUCCAGCUGCUUUAAAUAUACAAACAUUAAGAAUGCUAACUGCACAUAUUUAUAUAUAAAUAUAUUUAUACUUCAUGCAUGGUAAAAGUAUUUUAUCCCCGAAUCAAAGUAUUAAAAAGUAUAAAACUACAUAAACCUAAACUUGUGCAAUAUUUGUGCAGGAAGUCACAGGAUGAUAUGAGUGUAAAAGUAAAAAUAUUAACAAAUUUAGAUGCAUGUUUGUUUAUCUAACACAAUAAUUAGAUUUUUACUAUUUAAGACACUUUUUUACAAUAUUAAAUAUUUCUGUUUUAAUACUGAUUUUAUGGACUCAUUUCUGACUGACUUGGUGACACUGUAAAUAUAAUUAUUAAGUAGUGUAUAGGAGUGGGUCAGGUGGGAUGGUACCAGGAUCGGGUCCCUGUCGAUGAGGUCUGUGUCUAUAUGGUUUUAUUAGAAAGAGUUGUCAGAAUGAGAGCAUCAAACUCAGGUUUAGUCCACACUGUAGUUUUAGUUCAUCACAGUUAGAGGGAGAGUUUUAAUGUUAAAUGAUGUUAAAUUCAUGUUUAUAUUUUCUCUCCACAGAUGGACCAGAGACAGCGGAUCGACUGCAAAGUGAGUAACUUUAAUCUACUCUCUGUUUCAUCUGUAUUCUUGAUGUAAACGCUCUUUUUAAAGGUGCAGUCUGUAUAAUCUAGGAUUCAUUAGAAAUACCCAAACUCUCACUGUUCUUGAAUAAAUAUUCCUGUUCGUCUCCGUCUGUUCGUCUCCUCUCAGGAUCUUUGGAUUCGUAGCCAGAAAAUCCCAGAGUGAGACUGAAAACAUGUGCCAUCUGUUCGCCGAGCACGACCCCGAGCAGCCAGCGAGCGCCAUCGUCAACUUUGUCUCCAAAGUCAUGAUCGGGUCUCACAAGAAGUGAGGAGAAAGAGACCAGAAACUUCAACAAUAGCAGCCAAAAACUGUGCAGCACACACACUCCAGAACCCGCUCUGAUUGGUGGACUGUCCUGCAGAAUGAACUGACUGCACUGCAGGGAGCUGCCAGCAGAGGGAGCCAAGACUGUCAUGUGUGGAGUUAAUAAAAAUCUAAACCAGGAGGAUGAGUAAACUUCCAAAAGCAUCAUCGGAGAAUUUGUAAAAAAAGUUCAAAUGAAAAGACGUUUAUCUUUAAAGGAUCUCAUAUAAAAACUGUCAAAUAUAACACAUUUACUUCUGGAGAAAAAUGAAAUGUUUUAACUUCCUUCUUAGUAAAAAUGUACAAAUCAAAACUUUAAAACCAUGUGGUCUCCUGACAAAGCCUGUGACGUGGUCGCCCUGUUCUUCAGAUGGAUUUAUCGUGUUGUUUAUAGUAUUUAUCCCUUUUUACAGAUGUGUAAAAGUCCUUUUUUUUCACUGUCAUAUAUUUUUGUAUAUUAACACAAACUGUACAUUAAGAUUAAAGGAAGUGUACCUCUUUA